UGUGAAUGCCAAGUGAAGUGAAGGGAGGAUUUUGAGUGGAGAGACACUAGAAAGUCGCGCGUUUGCUGUUUGGUACGCUGCCACAGGAGGAAGAAUCCAGUCUAAGCCAAGCGGUUGCAGACGUCGCGUCUUCUAAGACCCUACAGGAGGAGGAGGUCUAGCCGCUCUCCCUCUCAACCACAAGCCGAUAAGCAUGGAGGUCUAUUGCUAAAACAACCACGGAGAGAUACGCGCUGAUACCCUCCAUGGCUGUGGACGCUGCCUCCAGCUUUAGUUUCUGCCGUCCGGGCCUGGAGCACACCGUCUCAGCCGAGGAGCUCAACUACCAGCUGCCACGCAAGGCCGGCGGCAACCUCACCUGGCACGACGGCCGCGGACAGAAGAGUGCCGGCGGCAGGACCGUCAAACUGCUGCAGCAGCCGGGCACCGAGGCCCUUCAGCUGCGUCCAGGCGAGGCCUUCACGGUGUACCACACCAGCCCUACGCUGUCCAGCCUGUCCAAGCCUGUGGUGCUGUGGACCCAGCAGGACGUCUGCAAGUGGCUGAAGAAGCACUGUCCCCACAACUACCUGACCUACGUGGAAGCCUUCUCCCACCACGCCAUCACGGGUCGGGCACUGCUGCGUCUGAACGGGGAGAAGCUGGAGCGCAUGGGCAUCGUGCAGGAGACGCUCAGGCAGGAGGUGCUGCAGCAGGUCCUCCAGCUGCAGGUGCAGGAGGAGGUGCGCAACCUGCAGCUGCUCAGCAGAGCGUCAUUCGGAAACCUAUCUUAGCUCGUCCACCCAUUUGGCAGUGCUCUCCACACCCUCACAAAAGGCGCCCGACCGCUGAAGGAGGACCUGGACAGGCCUGAUACUGGACGUGAAUGGAGGAUGCAGGAGGACGAGCGGCAUCCUUUUCUCCUCCUCCUCCUCCUCUUCUUCUUC